GCACACACUCACACACGAGCAUCCCGAAGGGCAUAUAAGGCUCGCACCCGCGAGGCUGCGGAGAUACUUCGUGCAGCCGCGACUUCAGCCUCGCCCCUCGAAUUUGCUCUUUGGGUUAUUUCGUUUUCCUGUCUCCUUUCCCCCUUAGCCACCCCUUUUGCGCUGCGCUCUCGCGGUUUCUCUCAGCCUUUCUGCCUGGAACUGAAUGUAGGUAGGAAACAGGUCGGCGUGCGGAAAAACACUGAAUAGGCAGAAAUAAGGCAAACUAACAGAGACGCAACAGGUCGGGUGCUCGGUGGCGAGGGCGAGCGGCGGCCCCUCGCUGUGCCUCUCGCGCAGUCCCCUUGGAGCCUGGGCGGGCGCUGUCGAAGACCCUUUCUGAGGUGUUCGUCCUCUGAGGGGCUAGGAGGGCCAUCCGGGUGGGUUUCAUUCCGGUUUUAACCUUUUUUGCCACCAGUCCCCAGACUGAGGGUGCUUUUCACUCCCAGCUGGGGGGAGAGAAGAGAGCGGAGAGGAUGGUCCACGACCGCUGGUCUCGGCGCUGAGGAAAGCGGAGCUCCAUCUCCGUGCCCCGACUCGAUCUCCGCCAACUAGUUGUGCAGCCACCCAGACUGAACUUUUGGAGGAAUCGUCCUUUUUCUUUCCUUUCAAGAUUCUUGGAAGUGGUAGAGAGUGGGAGGCGAAGCCGAGGCAGCUGAUCCCUCCACGAUGCUGGUGAAGAAGCAUGCGGGGAAAGGUGGGGGCCGGGAGCCAGGCUCCGAGGACCCGAGGCAGCGUUGUGCCUGGACCGUGCCGCCGUGCACCUCCCUGGCGGCCCUUCUCUCAGUGGUGGCCCUGAUGUCUUGUCUGUACCUUGGGGUGAAAACCAACGACCUCCAGGCGAGGAUCGCUGCUCUCGAAUCCGCAAAAGGGGACCCUUCCAUUCAUCUGCUCCCUGAUCGCCUGGAUCAGCUCAAAGCAGUGGUGCAAGAGAAAGUGGAGCAACUUCUGGCUCAGAGAUCCUAUGAACAUAUGGCUAAAAUAAGAAUCGCAAGAGAAGCACCUUCAGAGUGCAACUGCCCAGCAGGCCCUCCGGGGAAACGAGGUAAGAGGGGCCGAAGAGGAGAAUCUGGUCCUCCUGGCCAACCUGGUCCUCAGGGCCCUCCUGGUCCAAAAGGUGAUAAGGGAGAACAAGGUGACCAAGGACCUCGGGGUCUGCCAGGCUUCCCCACAGUUGCUGCUCUGCACAGUAAUCAGAUCCUCACCGUCAAGGGUGACCAAGGGCAGGCUGGGCCUCCAGGACCUCCAGGCCCUCCCGGCCCAAGAGGGCCUCCUGGGGACACAGGGAAAGAUGGCCCUCGUGGAAUGCCAGGAGUGCCUGGUGAAUCAGGGAAACCAGGAGAACAAGGCUUGAUGGGUCCUCUGGGGCCUCCAGGACAAAAGGGUUCUGUUGGAAUGCCUGGAAUUCCAGGGGUGAAUGGUCAAAAGGGUGAGCCUGGGUUGCCUGGAACAGUCGGACAAAACGGAAUACCAGGGCCAAAGGGAGAACCUGGAGAUCGAGGAGAAAAGGGAGAUGCUGGAGAGAGUGGCCCCAAAGGUGACACAGGCGAAAAGGGUGACCCUGGAUCAUCUGCGGCAGGAAUUAAGGGGGAACCUGGAGAAUCUGGUCGUCCAGGGCAAAAGGGUGAACCAGGGCUUCCUGGGCUUCCUGGACUUCCGGGGAUAAAGGGAGAACCAGGUUUCAUUGGUCCUCAAGGAGAACCAGGCUUACCAGGGUUACCAGGAACAAAGGGUGAACGUGGGGAGGCAGGGCCUCCUGGAAGAGGUGAGCGAGGGGAGCCUGGAGCCCCUGGACCAAAGGGUGAUCGUGGAGAGAAAGGGGACUCUGGAGCCCUGGGACCAAGGGGUCCACCUGGUCAAAAGGGAGAUCAAGGAGCCACUGAGAUCAUAGACUACAAUGGCAACCUCCACGAAGCCUUGCAGAGGAUUACCACCUUAACUGUCACGGGUCCCCCUGGACCACCUGGACCUCAAGGACUACAAGGGCCAAAGGGAGAGCCAGGAUCUCCAGGAAUCCCAGGAGUUGAUGGAGAGCAGGGACUUAAAGGCUCAAAGGGAGACAUGGGGGACCCAGGUAUGCCAGGUGAAAAAGGAGGAAUCGGACUUCCUGGAUUACCGGGUGCCAAUGGAAUGAAAGGAGAAAAAGGAGACUCUGGAUUACCAGGUCCUCAGGGUCCUUCCAUCAUAGGCCCACCAGGCCCACCAGGCCCCCAUGGCCCACCAGGCCCCAUGGGACCUCAUGGACUUCCUGGACCAAAGGGUGAACCAGGGUUAAAUGGUGUUAAAGGAUUGAAGGGUGAACCAGGUCAAAAGGGUGACAGAGGACCCCUUGGUCUUCCAGGAGCAUCUGGCUUAGACGGAAAGCCAGGAUCCCGGGGUACAGAUGGCCCUAUGGGACCCCAUGGCCCUGCAGGUCCCAAAGGAGAAAGAGGUGAAAAAGGAGCUAUGGGAGAGCCUGGACCCAGAGGACCCUAUGGUCUGCCUGGCUUCCCUGGUCCACGAGGCGAGAAGGGUGAUGUAGGAGAAAAGGGAGAAAAGGGAUUCCGUGGCGUUAAGGGGGAAAAAGGGGAGCCAGGUCAGCCUGGCCUGGAUGGGCUGGAUGCCCCUUGCCAAUUGGGGCCAGAUGGAUUACCUAUGCCUGGCUGUUGGCAAAAGUGAUGAAUCUAACCUUCCGAGCAUGAAGUUGUAUAUAUAAUGGUCCACUUUUUAUAUUUAUAGUUGAAAAUCGAAUUGCAGAUUUUACAAGUCUGAGAUAUGUUUACAUAUAGCUGCUUCUUCCUGUUUGCAAUAGUACACAUGUCCAUCUUUUCUCCACUUCCAUCUGAAAUUGGGCAAUAUGUGAAACCAGUGAGAAGCCUGCAAAAAAUAUAGAUCAGUAUCUCUUUACCUUAUGUGAAGACAUGUAUUUAAAUGGACACAUCAGUGAUACAGAAUGAUUGUUCUUGCUAUUUUCUUACUUUGGGCUUGUUAAUUGCAUGGACAAAAAGUGCCAUGAAAUAGUUUACAUGAAAUCGUGACCAAAUAUGGACUCGAAACUACAAAUAGGUACUAUACUAACUGAUUUUAGAGUUUAUCGUCGCAUCCCUACUCACCUCACUGUUAGCAUUGAUUGGUGCCCACACCACCCAUUGAAACUGACUAAAGAAAGCAUGAGUGUGCCAAACCUGCUUGACGUUCAGAUGCUAGCAUGCCGCUUAAUGAGUCUUUUGAUCACAUCUGAGCCUUUAUUUCUUUUGUCAUCUCAAGGGGGUUACACCAUGGCUUAUUGCCAAAAAGAGAUAAGGUGGCGGAGAGCACACACACAAAUGGUCUUGUAUUUUGAGGGAGCUGCAGUCCCAACUGCAGAUCUACCUACAGCUUCCAGUAUUGUGGGCUCACGUGGCCACCUUGGUUGAAACAUCAAGGGAUUGAGCUGGUUGCCUCCACUUAUUUUUCCUUGGGCUGACCUUGGCAGUGAAGACAAGGGAAGAGGACCGCUUCAGCAUCCUGCGCUGUCUCUCCUGUGACCAAGUAGAAAAAAAGAGGUUUACAAAUGCAGACACCCGGAACAACAGACUUUUAAAAAAAUAAACUGAAUUCCAACAAGUGUUAAUAUGGGUGCUUUUGGAAACUGACAGAGGCAUAUGGCACUUCUUUAGGGUAGGAGGUUCUUGGAAUGGCAGCCCCUGUUCCUGCGGACAAAGGAUGUGUACAUCCCACCACAGGGAAGGGGUACCACUCCCGAGAACGGCUUGGCUGAAAUAACCUCUUCUGAAAUUGUAGGGAGCUCACCCUACAAGCUCUACCGAAGCUGAUGCUGUCCUUCCUAACGAUAUCCAACUUAUUUCAAACAUUUUCUACAAAGUUCUAGAAACAUAUUUUUCAUUCUUUUUUAUACUUUUCCUUUCUAGUUCCAGCAAUAUUAAGAAAAGAUUUCUUUCCAUUUUUGUCACAUUUGUUUUGAACAAUUUUUUAAACCAAAGUCUUCUAAACCUAAAAUAACUUGGUAGCAAUAGCCAAGAUGACUUUUUACUAACUUCUCUCUUGUUUUGAAUAACUGAAGAGAAUAUAAAAGAAGCUCCACUUUCAGUUCAUUGUAAAGCAUUAAAGUUAAGCAGGGUUUUUUAGUACUUUUUGACUUUUUUUUCAUAUGAUGACUCUAACUUACAUGGUGAUCAUCAGUUAAGUCAAGAUUUGGUCACAUUUGAUAGUAUUAACUCAUUUCUAUUUCUUGUAAUUCUAUUUAGAUCUAAGUUUUGUCCAUAUUUAGAUUUCUUUAUCUUUUUUUUUUACAUUUUUGUCUUAUGCACAGACCAAAUCUGUAUGUCAGAAAGCUGUGAAAUAUAGUUGCCAUAGAGUGUUUUUUUCAAUUACUUACUCAAAACGAUUAAUUGUAUUAGACUGAGCAUUUCUUUGCACAGUAAAGAGUUGGUAACAUGUUUUGAAAUGGCUUAUUCUGAGUGGAAGGGUUACAUUAGGAGAAACAUCAUCAAUGAGGAGUAGUCCAUAGGACAAUAUACUCUCUCUCCUGACUUAAUGCCAUUUUGUGGGAAAAUUUCUAGUUCCAUUCAUAAGUUUUCACCACCAGAGGGGAAAUGAACUCAUCAUCGGGUUUAUGGUGACAACAGUUAAGACAUGACUAUAAAUAAGACAAAGAUCCUAAGAUGCUUGUGAUCUCUUUAAUAUUAUAUAGCCAAAUGUUCAGUUAUACAAAAUGCCUCCUUUUUAUUUCUAAUAAGUUUUCAAGAUUGGAAAGAUGUUCAAACUCUUAGAUCAACCUAAUUGGUAACAUUUCUAGUAACAUUCCACACUUGAAGCCAAUUUGGCAUUUUUAAAACAAGAGAGUACAUUUAUUUCCUAACCAUCUGUUUGACAUGGUUAGGAAAAAGUAUUGUUCAGUGUCUGCAACAAUUUGUCUUAAAUGGUUUGGAAAUAUGAACUAAAGCAGGUAGGACUACUGUCUCUUCAGGAUAACAAAUAAUAGUGUCUUGAGAAAAUUCUGGUGGCUGUAUUUCUUUCUCUCUUUCUUUCUACUCCUAUAGUAGAAAGAGGUAUUGAGAUGAAUCACUAUUGAAAACUUGCACAGCUUCAAAACAAAAUACCUCAAUAUCAAAGAGAAACAUUUUAUAUAAAAUUUUUUUUCAAAUGUAGCCCUUUUAGAAUACUGUUCUGUCCUAUGUGUAUAUUGGGGGGUUUGCUCUACAACUGAUUUGACAAUAUUGAUUUUUAUUCGAUGAGUAAAGGAAGUCGUAAACUUCCGUUGCAUUUAUUUCCUUGGGAAAAACAAAGAGAUGAUAGUACUCCUCUUUGUUUGGUGAAAUUAUUAGGUGUUAACCACCAUGGAUAGAUAAUCUUCAACUUUUGGUUACAAAAAUAUUUUCAGCCAUCCAUUUUGUCAUCAGUAUAGAGAAUCCUCAAAUAAUUGCUGAAUGAACUAAUAAAUUAUGCCGCUGGUGUAUGUGUUGGCAGAUAUAUAUUUUUCUUCAAGAUUUCCAACCUUUAGUUUGUAUUAUUGGAUAGAGGAUUGAGAAAAAAUGCAUGAAAGACAUUGGCAAUAAGUCAAAAUCUAUUUCUAUUUCUGAUAAGCAUCUUUUAAGAAUGCCAAAUUGGUAUGUGUUUUAACUUCAAAAUUGUUUUCCAUCCUUGUUGGUGCUAAUAUAUUUUCUUUUCUUUAUGGACAAUGCAACUCUACUAUGGAUAAUUGUGUUUCUCUGUUUGAUAGCAUUCCUAAACUGUUAGUGUGUGAUUUUAUUUUUGAAGUUCAUGAAUUUGCUGUAAUACGGUUCAAUGACCAGUCUUUCUUAAUGUAAAACAAAACAAAACAGUGUACCUAUAGAUGAUGUGUGCCUACUCGGAUCAUGGAUCUUAUUUCAUGUUCAUUUCAUAUACCAUGUGCCUUUAUCAACUUUCAUCCUCAUCUUUUAGCUUAUUUAAUUUGAAUAAGUCUGACAAAACCAAUGCUAGAUAAGUCUAACACAUUCAUAGAGUACCUGACACACAGAUAUGCCUGAAUUUCUUCUAGCUUUCAUUUCCAUUAUGAGAAACUGUCUUGGAGGAUUUUUCUUUCUUAUUUGAUUUUAUAGAAAACAUAAGAAUAUCUUGGAUUUCUACCAAAAAAAAAAAAGUCUGUUCUUGAAUUUACUUUCUGUGCAUGAUGUUCUGAUGGGACGGUAAGCACUUAUGCAUCCGGUAGUUCAUUCUACAUGUCCUCUGUCUACAAUACAUACAUAUAUCUGCUAGUUUGGAAAAUAGUCAAAUCAGCAUGUCAAGAUCUAUGGGAAAUUGUCUGGUCUCUUAUGUUUUUAUCACUUAAAAAACGUGCUUAAUUUUCCAAGGUUUUUUAAUUUUACUCUUGUACCAUAAAAAGUUAAUAUUGCCUUUCAUCCCUUUUUUUUUUUUGACAAUAUAUAUUCUCUUACCCAGAAAUAAGUUAUGCUUGAAUGGUGGGUGGUGUUUUGAUAUUGUAGUAAGCGAUCAUAGGAACAUGCAAAUACUGAUAUUUGAAACCUUGUUUUUCUCUAUGUCUUGAUAACCAAGUUAUAUUAAUAAUUAACAUUACCAAAAAUGAACUUUUAUAAUUUCUACCAAAACAAACAAAAAAACCUCUGCUAUCUCUAAAAAGCCAAGUCCAUAGCAACCUAACUUUAUGUCCUCAAAAAUAAUUAAGAAUAAUCACAUGUGAUUCUGGUGAUUAAAAUCAUUCAUUUCUAGUGGAAUUAAAAUACUUGACCGAUCAUGAUUCCAUUGUAUUAUUUUAAAAUGUAAGAACCUUACAUCCCUUUUUUUCCCAUUUUAUUGACAUAUCUUCAUAUUGGCUAGAUUUACUAUAUGCCAUAGCAGAGAUAAACUUCCAACUUAAAUUUUUGGUAGAUUUUGUUUUUGCUAAUCCAAUACUAAAAUAUUUUAAUGGCAUUUCUGAUUUUUUUAAUGUAUUUAAUGCAUAAGAUUCCCUAUGCUGCUUUAUUGACAGAACUGUCUCUUUGGGAAUAGGAAGACUUUUCAACCUGACCUGUUACAUUUGAUUUAUAGGUAAAGUAACAACAUCUCUCAAAAUGCAGUAGAUAUUCUCACAUAUCUCAGAAAUAUUAAUAAAUUGGAUUCACAAAAGAAUGUCUUAACCUAUUGUUGACAUUUAUGUGAAUAUUCUUUAUACUGUUGUAAAUGUUUCAUCCAACUUAAUAACGUUUUAAAAGAUGUAUGUAUCUGAUUUUCCUUUAGAAAAUAUUAUAUUUUUAUUUGUAUUUUUUACAUUUGUAAGUUCAUCUCUAUGUGCAGCUAUUUUUAUAUUGCCAAAAAAUCACAUAAAUACAAAAUAAGAGGAAAAUGCAAAAAAAAAUAUUUUGGCAAGCAUUACACUGCAUAUUUUUCUUAAUGUUUUGUGGGCCAGUCUCAUGUAAUUGAUUAUUCUAAGAAUGUGUGGUGUCUUAUCACUGUAAAUAUGGCACAAACCUGUUUUUCUCAGUAGUGUAAAUAAUUGAAAGAUUGAAUUCUUCCUGUUUGGUUUCUUAUUUCAAUUUCAUCAUAAUUUCUCCAGCUGACAUUGCUGAAUCAAAAGACGUAUGAUUUUUGAUUUGCAGUUUGGAGAUAAUUGCAUUGUUUCAGUUUCUAAUUUGUUUUUAUUUCCUUUUUUAACUUGUUUUCAGGGUUCCUAGUUUGUGAGAAGUUGAUCUUCAGAAUUAUUUUUACACUAUUUAUGACUUAUUUUCAUAAUGUAAAAAGUGUGUAAUUAUUCCAAUAUUAAUCCAAACAAUGGUAAUGAAUUGUAUUGUUAUAAAGCUUUAUUGAUGUUCAUGAACACGUUGGCUUGUUUUCUCUGAUUUAAACACAAUGCAUUAAGAACUGUGUCCUGUUCUACAAUAUUACAAUGUCACCAUUCAACUUAGUGCCCAUAACUAACUAUGGUGAUUUGCUAUUAAAAAAAAA